AUGGAGACUAGUGAACCAGUUUCAGUAACAAAGAAUUACCAGCACAUCUUAGUCCAGGCAUUUGCCAUAAAUGAGAUCAAUGAGAAUCCCAACGUCUUACCCAACAUCACUUUGGGUUUCCGCAUUCUCAACAGCUACUAUGUUGCAAGGAUGACCUAUAAGGCCACUCUGAGCCUGCUUUCCAUACAGCAGAGGUUUGUCCCCAACUUCACAUGUGAUGCCAAGAAAAAUAUUAUAGCUGUCAUUGGAGGACUUCUUUCUGAAACUUCUGCAAAUAUGGCAUCCAUUUUAUCCACCUACAAGAUCCCACAGCUCUCAAUUGGAUCUUUUUCUUCAGUGCUUGACAACCAAAUGAUAUUCUCAUCCUUGUACCAGAUGGUCCCAAAUGACGCCUAUCAGUACCUGGGGGUUGUCCAGUUACUUCUUCAUUUUAGAUGGACAUGGAUUGGCCUCAUCGCUGUGGAUGAUGACAGUGGGGACCAGUUCUUGCAAACAGUGGUGCCAAUGCUUUCUCAGAAUGGCAUCUGUUAUGCCUUCACACUAAGAACACCCAGAGAUACUUACAUGACUGAUGUGAGAGAUUUAUUUUUUAAAAGUAUACAGAAAUAUCCAGUACUUAUUGAGAGCCAAGCCAAUGUAUAUUUUGUGUAUGGAGAACCUUCGUCCAUGCUUGGUCUGAGAAUGUUGCUGUUACUAGCACCCUUCUUUGCAUUACCACGUGUGAGUAAAGUGUGGGUUGUUACAUCCCACUGGGACUUUGAGUUCGUCUGUUUCGAAAGUAUUCCAGAAAUAGAAAACUUCCAUGGUGCCAUAUCCUUUGCAGUUCACUCCAAUCAGCCACCAGAAUUCCAACAGUUCCUCCAGGUGAUAAGCCCUUUCUGGACAAAAGGAGAUGGUUUUAUCCAAAACUUCUGGGAGCAGGCAUUCAACUGCCAGUUAAAAAUACCUAGUGAGCAAGAGGAAAGUAAGACAAUCUGCACUGGAGAGGAGAAGCUGGAAAGCCUUCCUAGUGUUCUGUUUGAAAUGAGCAUGACUGGCCACAGCUACAAUGUCUAUAAUGCAAUCUAUGUAGUGGCGCAUGUUUUGCAUUCCAUGCAUGAAUUCAUAUCUAAAUCCAAAACACUAGGAAAAGGACAGAGGCCAGGGUUGCUGAUGCUGAAUUUUCAGCCAUGGCAGCUUCAUCACUUUCUGAAGAGCGUCUUAUUCAACAAUAGUGCAGGAGACACUUUGCAUUUUGAUGAACAUGGAGUUCUGGUUUCUGGUUUUGAUGUCACCAACUGGAUAACUUUCCCAAACGGCUCUUUUAUCAGAGUAAAAGUUGGAAGAAUGAAUCCUCGGGCACCUCCAGGAAAAGAGUUGAGCAUUAGUGAUGACCAAAUUGUCUGGCACAGAAGCUUUAACCAGGUACAGCCCAUAUCUGUGUGCAAUGACAACUGCCAUCCUGGCUACAGCAAGAAAAGGAAGGAGGGAGAGAAAUUUUGCUGCUAUGACUGUCUUCCAUGUCCAGAAGGGAUGAUGUCUGAGCAGAAAGAUGUGGAUGCCUGCGUCAAAUGUAAGCAAGAUCAAUAUCCCAACAAAAAUCAAAAUCAAUGUAUUCCCAGGGACAUCAACUACCUCUCUUACAAAGAACCUUUGGGGAUUGUUUUAGCCCUGUUGGCUAUUUCUUUAUCUCUGCUCACAGUCAUAGUGAUCGGAAUAUUUAUGAAGCACCAAGACACCCCAGUUGUCAAAGCCAACAACAGAAGCUUCACCAACAUUCUCCUCAUCUCUCUCCUGCUUUGCUUCCUCUGCUCCUUGCUUUUCAUAGGACAGCCUGAAAAGGUGACCUGCCUUCUCAGACAAGUGGCUUUUGGCACUGUCUUUUCUGCUGCACUCUCCUGUGUCUUGGCCAAAACCAUGAUUGUAGUUUUGGCCUUUAUGGCCGCUAAACCAGGAUCUGGAAUGAUGAAGUGGGUGGGGAAAAGAAUGGCAAAUUCCAUUCUCUUUGGUUGCUCUUUUAUUCAAGCAAGCAUUUGUACUCUUUGGCUAAGUACUUCUCCCCCAUUCCCAGAUAUGGACAUGCAUUCAGUUAAUGGGAAAAUCAUAAUGGAAUGUAAUGAAGGUUCAGCUGCCAUGUUUUACUUUGUCUUGGGCUAUAUGGGCUUCCUGGCCAUUGUCAGCUUUAUAGUGGCUUUUCUUGCCAGGAAGUUGCCAGACAGUUUCAAUGAAGCCAAGUUUAUCACCUUCAGCAUGCUGGUCUUUUGUAGUGUGUGGUUAUCCUUUGUUCCAACCUACCUGAGCACUAAGGGGAAAUACAUGGUGGCCGUGGAGAUCUUCUCCAUUUUAGCCUCAGGCACUGGUUUACUAGGCUGUAUAUUUUUCCCUAAAUGCUAUAUCAUCGUUCUGAGGCCUGAGCUGAACAACAGAGAGCAAUUAAGAAGGAAGAAAAAAUGA